GGCCGCCACCGUGUUAUGGGCAUGCGCAACUGCCUCCACGGCAGUAAUAUGCCAGGACAAUGCAAUAUCCCCGCCCAGAUCGGGGAACAGCCCGAACAGCACCCUGUGGAGGCCCCAGGGGAAGCUGCCCCCGGUGCUGGGCCUGGCCCAGCCGAAGAGAUGGAGGCCCAACCGCCUUCCCAUGAGCCCGUCCCGGUCGAGGUCGAAGGAGAGGCCUGCGGACUCCCAGAGGUCUCCGGCCCCGGCGUCCAGGCAGCCGAGGAAGAUCGAGUCUGUGGAAACUACAGCCCCGCACCAGAAGAAGCUGUGCCAUUUGAGUUGGACCAGCCUGCGCAGGGAGGCUGUGGCCAACCUGUCUUGCAGAUCCCAGACCUUGCUCCAGGCGGUCCAUGUGCAGUGGUCCCCCGAGACCCUCCCGACGAGCCUCGAUCCCUCAGUCCCAAAAAUGCUGGCUUCAGAGGAGGAUAUAGCCCUCUCCCUGAGGAGGCUGUGCCAUUUGAACUUGAAGGAGAAGCAUUUGGGGACAGCAGCCCACGCCCCGGCUUGCCCCGAGUUAUCCCGCAAGUCGGUGGUGGUCGGCUUUUCGCGGCUGUCGCAGUCCCGAGUUCGGUCUGGCUCGCUCCCGCCGCAAACGCGCCUGCCCUGCGGGUCGGAGGCGCCGGCGGAAGCCCCUCCCGAGAGGCUGUCAGAUCUCCUCUCAACUUCCCGGGCGACGGCCCCCCGAUGCAGAUCUCCGGACCCCCAAUCAAGAUUGGUAGAUCUCCCACUGGGGUCGACGACACUCCCGUCAAUGCGGACAUCCCCCCAAUCGCGAGACACGGCCCGCCCAUCGAAGUCUCGGGAGCCCCAGAUAAGAGAGAGCCCCCAGAGGGACCCCCAGUCGGGAGAGACGCAGCCGCGAUGGAAGGAGGCUCCCCUGGCGCCACUGCGGAAGGGGGGAAAGUCCCCUCUCCGGGGGACGGAGGCGCUGCCGCCAGGGCAGCCGCUGCCGCGCCAGCAGAGCCCGACUCCGGGGCAGCCGCUGCCGCGCCAAGCGAGCCUGCCACCCCGGCUGAUCCCGACUCCGGGGGAGCCCCUGCCGCCCGGGCCGAGCCGGCCGCCGCCCGGGACCUCGCUGCCGCCGCAGACGAUUCCGGCUCCCGGGAAGCCCCAGCCACGCCAAAGGACCCUGACGCCGCCGGGACAGCCCGGGCCGAUCCCGACUCUGGGGGAACCCCUGUCCCCCAGGCCCAGCCGGCCGCCGCCCGGGCCCUCGCUGCUGCACCAGCCAAUCCCGGCCCCAGGGCAGCCCGCGCCGCCCCAGCCGAUCCUGAAGUCCGGCGAGCCCCGGCCGGAGCGGCCGCACUGGGAGCCCCUGCCGCCCGAGCCGGUCCUGCUCUCGGAUCCGUCUCAGCAGCGCUCGCUGCCCGUGGAGCGCCCAUCGCCCGCGGGGCACCCAUCGCCCGGGCGGCGCCCAAUGCCGGGCCCGCCUCCUUCGCCCCUGCCUCUGGGGCCAGCCGCAAGCUCCAUCUCCUCAGACCCCCCAGCCCCGAGAUCCAGGCUGCUGACCCGCCUACUCCGGAGCCUGCUCGGGCGACUGCCUGGCGGGCCAAAUCCGAGUGCGGCAGCGGCCAUCUCCGGUACGCAGAUGAGGGUCAGGUUUGCGACGACUCUUCCAGCGACGAGUCCGAUGCCCGGACCACCGGAUGCUUCCACUGCUGCCUGCGCCGAAACCGCCACCGAAAGGUUCGGCACAGCUUACUCCGCAACUUUCUCUCCCGGGCUUUGUCGCGCUGCUUCCGUAGAGGCAGGGGCUCCAGAGCCGCGAACCUCUCCAAGGUCAAGAAGGACUCUCUGGGCGACAAGCGCAGGCAGAUGUGCAAAGAAGCCAUUGAGAUGCGCGUCCAGAAGCGCGCCGCGAAGAAGCGCAGCAAGCUCAUCGACAAGCAACUCGAGGACGAGAAGAUGGGCUUUGUGUGCACGCACCGCCUCUUCCUUCUAGGUGCUGGAGAAUCUGGUAAAAGCACCAUUGUGAAGCAGAUGAGGAUCCUGCAUGUUAAUGGGUUUAAUGGAGAGGGCGGCGAAGAGGACCCGCAAGCUGCAAGGAGCAACAGCGAAGGUAGUGAGAAGGCCACCAAAGUACAGGACAUCAAAAACAACCUGAAGGAGGCUAUUGAAACCAUUGUGGCCGCCAUGAGCAACCUGGUGCCCCCCGUGGAGCUGGCCAACCCUGAGAACCAGUUCAGAGUGGACUACAUUCUGAGCGUGAUGAACGUGCCCGACUUUGACUUCCCGCCUGAAUUCUAUGAGCAUGCCAAGGCUCUGUGGGAGGAUGAAGGGGUGCGAGCCUGCUACGAGCGCUCCAACGAGUACCAGCUGAUCGACUGUGCCCAGUACUUUCUGGACAAGAUCGAUGUCAUCAAGCAGGCCGACUACGUGCCCAGCGACCAGGACCUGCUUCGCUGCCGUGUCCUGACCUCUGGAAUCUUUGAGACCAAGUUCCAGGUGGACAAAGUCAACUUCCACAUGUUCGAUGUGGGCGGCCAGCGUGAUGAACGGCGCAAAUGGAUCCAGUGCUUCAAUGAUGUGACUGCCAUCAUCUUCGUGGUGGCCAGCAGCAGCUACAACAUGGUCAUCCGGGAGGACAACCAGACCAACCGCCUGCAGGAGGCUCUGAACCUCUUCAAGAGCAUCUGGAACAACAGAUGGCUGCGUACCAUCUCUGUGAUUCUGUUCCUCAAUAAGCAAGAUCUUCUCGCUGAGAAAGUCCUUGCUGGGAAAUCGAAGAUUGAGGACUACUUUCCAGAAUUUGCUCGCUACACUACUCCUGAGGAUGCUACUCCCGAGCCCGGAGAGGACCCACGUGUGACCCGGGCCAAGUACUUCAUUCGAGAUGAGUUUCUGAGAAUCAGCACUGCUAGUGGAGAUGGGCGCCACUAUUGCUAUCCUCACUUUACCUGCGCUGUGGACACCGAGAACAUUCGCCGUGUGUUCAACGACUGCCGCGACAUCAUCCAGCGCAUGCACCUUCGUCAGUACGAGCUGCUCUAAGAAGGGAACCUAAAUUUAAUUAAAGCCUUAAGCACAAUUAAUUAAAAGUGAAACGUAAUUGUACAAGCAGUUAAUCACCCACCAUAGGGCAUGAUUAACAAAGCAACCUUUCCUUUCCCCCCAGUGAUUUUUGUGAAACCCCUUUUUCCCUUCAGCUUGCCUAGAUGUUCCAAAUUUAGACAGCUUAAGGCGGCCUGCAGAAAAAGAAAAAGGCCACAAAAGUUCCCUUCACUUUCAGGAACUAAAAUAACAGCAGCAAACAGAAAUAAAUAAAUAAAUAAAUAAAUAAAUGAAUAAAUAAAUAAAUAAAUAAA